AUGGACUUGGAUCACAAUAUAAAUACAGCGGUGGCUGAUCAUCAUGAUCUCCAGUUUGAUGACGACGACGAGGAGUAUGAUGAUGACGACGAGUACUUGGACGAGGAGUAUGAUGACAACGGCAGUGGCCAUCAUAACGUCCAAACACUAUACACCAAUUCUACCAACGAUCAUCAAGUCACAAUGAUGGUGCCGUUCGAUGAUGACAAUGCUGCCGUGCCAAUGAUCGACUAUAACUACACACUGAUUGAGACGCCAGACUUUGCAAAGCACUAUAGCCGCGGCAGCAGUAACAACACAACAUCAGGCACGGCUGCCAACUACAUCGACCUGAAUAGCAGGCACAACUUGGCCAACACAUCGUUGGCUGGCGGCCGCGAUGCCACCCCUGCCGCGCAGGAUGACCCGCCAUUGGUGCUGCACUUUUGCAAGAUGCACGGCUGUGGCAACGACUUUGUCAUCUUCCACAUUGACAGUCUGCGCAACGAGAUCACCGGCCAGAAUGUGGUGCCUUCGCUGGCCGAGCUCCAACUUAUCGCUCGCUACCUAUGUGAUCGCACAACAGGCGUGGGCGCCAAUCACAUGUUGGUCGUGACACCGCCACCCUCCAACGUCACGGCGGCGCAGUACCAGAUGCUGAUAUUCAACGCGGAUGGCAGCAUGGCAGAGAUAUGUGGCAACGGCAUACGAUGUCUCACCAAAUUCAUCAUUGAUUACCAAGUGCGCCCGUAUAACAACGCUGGUAGCUCGAGCCACAUCGUUGAGAACCAUCACUACAACUCCCCGCCCUCAUCUGGCGCGCCAGCCAGUCCUCUGACGGGCGGCGCAUCCAAUGGCCAGGCCCACCUACAACAGCACCUUGUGCCAUUCUUUACAAAGACUGACCAGCAGCCACGUCUCCAAACACAGUCACCGUACAAUCAGUUCAAUCCCAUCUGUUUGACGGUCAAGACCGUGGCCGGAGUACUGCAGUGCUGUCCACUGCCCAGCCAUCCACAGAACAACUCGCGUACACUCUGGGUUAAGGUGUGUAUGGGCAAGCCACAGAUGGUUACCACAGUGGACCCAAUCAGUAUCCCAGGACUCGAGCCCAAUGUAGAUAAUCAAACAACAACAGACAACAAACAACAACAACAACAACAACAGUGCAGUCGCCUGCUCUCAACAAGGUCCAACCGCGAGGACUACUGCAAGCUGAUACCAUUCAAAGGCCAUUCGAUCAACUCGACGUUGGUCAGCAUGGGCAACCCUCACUGCGUAGUCCACCUGGAGAAUGUGGAGGACUUCCCGAUGAACUUCUACGGCCAGCUGAUCGAGUCGCACCCAAUCUUCCCCGACAAGACCAACGUGGAGUUUGUCGAGGUUCUGGCGCCCAACCAAGUGCGCGCGCGU